AUGCAAUUUAAACCAUUAGUAGCUUUGGCACUUGCCACUUCAUUGGCUCAAGCAGCAGCAGCACCUUACCAUUUGUACAAAAGAUAUGAAAAUGCUACUGUCCCAUCUUCAUCAUCUGACGUAGCUUCUUCUUCAGCAGAAGGUAGCUAUGGAUAUUCCGCUAGUAUCCUUUCAACUGAUCAGUCAGCUGGUGAGUCUUCUUCGCCAGCACCAACUUCAAGUGACGAAGAUGAAUGGAUCACCUCAACUAUUAUUCAAUACAUUACUGUUUCUGAUGCUUCAACUACUCAAACAUCAGCUGCAAACACAUUGACUACUACUUAUCCAAAAUCAUCAGCUGCAGUAGCUUCAUCAUCUUCCGAUGAUGACGAGUGGAUUACUUCAACUAUUCUUGAAUACGUCACUUUGACUUCAGAUAGUUCAACUUAUACUUCUGCUACAAACACUGCCGUUACCACUGUUGCCAACACCAACAAGAACAAAGAAGUCAACAAUGAAAAUACCGGAAGCUCAAGUGAUACCACCACUUCAACCAUUACUUCCCUCGUCACUGUGACUGAUGGAAAUGGUUCUACUCAACUUUCUACUCAACUUAGUGCUACAACUGAGGCAGUUGCUGCUCAAGAUGAAACCACCGCUGAAACAGCCACUGAAACAGGAGACUCGAAGCAAACUGUUGCUGCUGAAUCUGCCGUUGCUUCUGGAAAUAGUAAUAAAGAAGCAUGUGUUGCUUCUACUGUUACUGUUACUGUCACUGCUACUCCAGCCACUACUGAAGCAGCAGCAGCAGCAGGUACUACCUCUUCACCGAGCGAAGAUGAUACUACCAUUACUGUUUCAACCCAGGUUUACGUCACUUCAUACCCAAUUCAAGCUGAAUUCACCAACAGUGACACCACCACCACCAUCACUUCAUUUGUUGAUGUUACUCAAACCCAAUUACACACCUUCACUUCUUCAUUGAGUCAUUACAACAAUUCCACAUCAUCGUCAGGCUCUAUCGUUCCAACUUAUGGAUCUUCUGCUUACACCAACUCCACUGUACCAAUUACUAGUGCUUGGUAA